AUGCCUUCUCUUCUGCUCCGCCUUCGUGAAAAACCUAUUGUGAUUUACACACUCUCUGUCUUCCUAGGUUUCGUUGGGCUCUUCAUGAUCUAUGUCUCAACCAUUCCCCCUGGUGACAUGAACUUGAAGUUUCACUUUAAAUCGAAGGCUAUAUUACAGACUAUGACUUUACCGCCCAUUGAAAGUGCGGAGAAGAUGCCGGCAACCGGGCUCAACUUGCUUGUUCCGUGUGUGCCGAGAGGUUAUGGCCUAGAGGUCGGGGGACGGGAAUUUAAAAGAAGACUCCGUGCCUGUGGGUCAAUUACCUAUCGUCCUAGAACAAAUGAUACUGCGGUAUUCGCCUACCACCUUUCAACUCUCAAGAGAGUCACACCGCUAGAUGCAUUCAAGUGCAAGAUUGCUCUGGCGUACCAUGUGAGCCAGAAUCCUCUGCCGCCAUGGUACCCUAUUCCGACCUCGCGCGGGAUAAAAAGGGCAAUACCCCUCCCUGGUAUAUUUGAACUCGGACUGUGA